CUCCCACCCGCGUUGCAACCACCCCAAACCCAAACCCCCCCACUCCCCUCCCCAUCCACCAAAUGGCGGCGCCGGCGGCCGCGCCCUCUCCGGCCACCGCUCCCUGCUUCCGCCGCGCGCGUCCUGCGCCUGUAUCCCUCUGCGUCUCUAGGAGAUUCACGGUCGCCGCCUCCUUCACCGCCGACCCUGCUCCGGCCUUCAACUCCGUUACGGCCUUCGCUCCCGCCACCGUCGCCAACCUCGGCCCAGGCUUCGACUUCCUCGGCUGCGCCGUCGCCGACGCCUCCCUCUCCCUCGGCGAUACCGUCACCGCCACCCUCGACCCCUCCCUGCCGCCCGGCACCGUCGCCAUCGCAUCCGUCACCUCCCCCUCCCGCCCCACCCUCGCCGACCGCCUGUCCCGCGACCCCCUCCGCAACUGCGCUGGAGUCGCCGCCAUCGCUGCCCUCCGCGCCCUCGGCGUCCAAUCCCACGCCGUCUCCAUCCACCUCACCAAGGGCCUCCCUCUCGGCUCCGGCCUCGGCUCAUCCGCCGCCUCCGCCGCCGCUGCUGCCAAGGCCGUUGACGCCCUCUUCGGCUCCCGCCUCCACCAAGACGACCUCGUCCUCGCGGGCCUCGAGUCUGAGAAGGCCGUCAGCGGCUUCCACGCCGACAACAUCGCCCCAGCCAUCCUCGGCGGCUUCGUCCUCGUGCGCAGCUACGACCCCUUCCACCUCAUCCCGCUCUCCUCCCCACCCGCCCUCCGCCUUCACUUCGUCCUUGUCACGCCCGACUUCGAGGCCCCCACCAGCAAGAUGCGCGCCGCGCUGCCCAAACAGGUCGCUGUUCAGCAGCACGUGCGCAACUCUAGCCAGGCGGCCGCGCUCGUCGCCGCUGUCCUGCAAGGGGAUGCCGGGGUCAUCGGCUCAGCCAUGUCGUCCGAUGGCAUUGUGGAGCCAACCAGGGCACCACUGAUUCCUGGCAUGGCUGCGGUCAAGGCCGCAGCUUUGGAAGCUGGGGCCUUGGGCUGCACCAUCAGUGGAGCAGGACCAACCGCAGUGGCUGUGAUUGAGGGGGAGGAGAAGGGCGAGGAGGUUGGCCAGAGGAUGGUGGAGGCAUUCGCCAGUGCCGGCAAACUGAAAGCAACAGCUACCAUUGCACAGCUCGACAGAGUUGGCGCCAGGGUAAUCUCCACCUCCAGUUUGGAAUAAGAAGACAAUGGAAAUUACUAGGGGAGUGGAGGUUCGGGGCAUCAAUAACUGUCUGGAAUUUUCAGCAUUCAUGCUGUUUGUCUUAGAAGACAUUUCGAUGCAUGCAUGUUACCCAUGUUUGAGGUUAUGUUGAAUUGUUGCAAGUUCACACAGACAACAUUUUGGGGUUUUGUAUCUCGUGAAUCAGAAUAAGUUGCAUUUUAAUAUGCAAGGAUGUGAAAGGCAGAUAUCUUGAUUUCCAUGGCUUGCACAAAGACUUUGGUUGUUAUGCUCUAUAUCAGAUAUAUGACAUAUUUAAGACAUCUGUAUUUCAAAAUGUGCUAGUCUAACUUGUUUGUCGCCAUGUUGAAACUGCUGUUUUCUUUUGUUCAUGUUCAUCAAAAGCUCAUUCCAAUCCCAAAAGAGUAAUGCUUUGCUUACUGUAAAAAAAACAUCCGGUCUCAGAUUUACUAUUGGUGAUACCUAACAAGUAUAGUAUUAGUAGAAACUUCCCGUUGUGAAAACUUCUGUGCUUAAUGAAUCCAAGUUAGUAUUAACUGGGUAUAGAAAAGUGUGUGUUGUCUGUAUUGUCUUGAGAUGGUUGCAUUAUGCGUGAGAAACAGAGAGGGCAAUCAGUCAUGUUUACGCCA